AUAUCUUGUUCGUCUUCAUCCUUGGUGCUGGUAAGUAGCUAGCCAGGAAUACAAGUUCAUUUCCAAGAUGUACCCCAAACCCCUUCCUCUGAUGUGUGUCCAGGGUUUAAGUAUGUGAUUUUAAGCACUGACAGAUGAGUGGGAUCUCCUCUGCUGGCUUCAGGGGCGGUUGGGUCAGGCCUUGCCUCACAGGGAAGUUAAAAUCCCAGUGUCUGCUCACCCUUCUUGCAUGCUUCCCUGCGUUUUCCCAGGGAAGCGUGCAGAAUACUUCUCCAUUCUGCUAAUCCUGGCUCUCUCCAUCACUGGGAGGCUGCUGUGCUCUCGUGUCAGUGUGGCCUCUCAGCUGGAGCCUGGGGAGUGCAGCAGCCAAUCGGGCAGCCUGGCAGCCCUGGCAUCCUUCAUCAAUCUCCCUAAGUGUCUUCAGACUCUGUUAGGAACAUCCACACCACUCCUCCUCUCUCUGCAAUGACCUGAAGCUCCAGCUCUGGAAGCAGUGAUCAGUGAUGCAUAAUGCAAUGCAGGGCAGCCCGGAAUAAUCUGGUUGGCAUCCAAGGAUGUAUAUUCACUGAGAGGCUGAGGAGUGUGUCAGCAUUUAGUUUCAGUCUGGCUGCACUUUUCCUGCAGCACAGAAUCACAAAGUCUCCGUCUCCUCCUCUGGAUUGGGACUGAUUCUUCACCGGGAGCCUCUGAAAAGACAAAGUUUUCCUCCCUUGUUAUUGCUGUACCACCAUAAUCUACCAAGAUGUGUGACUGCUUUCAUCUAGUUCUUCCUAACUGGCCAGGAUCUCCAGCCAGUGGUUCUGGACGACAGCUGAGACCAGCUGAGCCCCCCGGAGAUGCUGAUGCCGAUGCGGAUGCAGAGGAUGAAGAUUCUGUUAAUGAAGUGGCAGUAGAAGACAUUCGUCCAAGGCCACAGGGAUCCUCUCCAGUUUAUGAGUAUCCCACAGAAGAAGAAUAUUUAAAGCUUCAAGAAGAAAACAAAAAACAUUCUACAGACAAAUCAAAACAGAGUCAUCCACAGGAGACAAUGGAAGUAACACUGAAAACAGAAGCGGAAGCUGGUGCUAGUGGUUUUAGUGUGAAAGGUGGAGGAGAUGAAGGAAUAUUUAUUAAAAAAGUACUUAAGGAGUCUCCUGCUUCAAAAAUAUUUAGUCUUAAAGAAGGUGAUCAGCUUCUAAGUGCUACAAUAUUUUUUGAUAACAUCAAAUAUGAAGAUGCACUCAAGAUUCUCCAGUAUUCCGAGCCAUACAGAGUCCAGUUCAGCCUCAAAAGAAAAAUUGCUGUGAAAGAAGAGCCGGAACAUUCUACAGCUCAAUACAAAAAGGAAAGAAUAAGCCAGGAGAAAGAACUCAGUGAGAGCAUUCCUGAAGAAACGCUUCAUGUUUCAGGAAAAGCCAUUUCAGAAGAAGACAGGGAAACAUUAAUUGCAAGCCAAAGAGUAGGAAGAAGCAAGAGACCUAAAAAAGACAGAUUAUCAUGGCCAAAAUUCCAGUCAAUCAAAAAUAAAAAGAUAUUGAGGCACAGAAGAUCUCAUAGUACAUCAGAUGCAUAUGAGCCUGCUGUACAGGAUAUUUCUCCUACAAGCACAGACACAGAGUCUCAAUUUCCACAAGAACUCCAUACCAAAGAAAAAAAAGGAAGCCAAAGGAAGCUGAAGUUCCCUAGCAUUGGAUUCAGAAUGCACAGGUCCAAAACAGAACUACAAGACAAACAAAAAAAAGAAAUAAAAACUACACUGAUCUCUGAAAGAGAAAAAAUACAUGAAGAAGAUAUUAGCCUGGAAAAUCCUGAAAUCCUAACUGUUGAAUAUACCACAUCUCCUGCUUAUGAAAUGAAAAUAGGGGAGGUACAGGAAACUUUACCAAAAGACUUAAAAGAUAUGAAAAAUGGCAUCCCAUCUCCCAUAAAACAAUGCCCUGAAGUUGAAAUAAGCAUUAAAAAAGAAAAAGACAAGGAAUCAACAUCAAAAUUUAGUUUACCUGAGGUACCAGACAUAACAACAGAGAUGUCAAAGCCCAGUUUAGAAACCCCUGACCUGAAAGCAAGUCCAACUGAAAAAACAUCACAAGCAUCAUCAAAAUCCCGAAAAAAGAAACAGAAAGGAACACCAGUUAAAAAAGAAGGAGAAAGUGAAAUUAACAUAGACUUGAUGGGUCACACAGCUAAAGGAACUACACAGGUAAAAGGCCUAGAAAUAGGAACUGCAAAAGCAGAAUUAGUGCCUAUUUCUGAAGUUCCUGUAGGUUCCUUUUCUUCUAAAGAGGACGAGAUGGGUAAAUCUCGAAGUUCUCUAUUUAGAAUGCCUAAAGUUUCGCUUUCUAAAAGUUCCAAAUCUCAUGGAGAAAGUAAAUCCAGAGCUGAUGUUUCAGUGUCAGAAUCUCUUAGUUGUUCUGUAACACAGGAUACUCCUGCUGUUCUUUUGGGUAGUGUCGGAUCUAAGCCUAUGCCUGACUUAAAGGGAGAUAAUGUGUCUAAAAAUACUAAGUUCAGAAUUCCUACCUUGGGUUUCUCCAAGGUUGAUUUGAGUUCGUCUGGAAUUGACCCCGAGUCCUCAUUUCAAAAAGAGGAUAUUACUCUUACUAAAUACCAAGUUAAUCUUACAGAAUCUGAAUCAAAAAUACCAUCUCUUGCAGAUGAAAAUCUUUCAGAUUUUGAAAUUUUAAAUGAAGAUGGUUCUGUAGAGCAAGAAGGUGUUAAGCCAGAAGUUAAAACAAGAGCUGCUGAAAUAUCUUUGGGUGACACAGAUGUUACAGUUAAAAUUCCUAAGUUCCGAAAACCAAAAUUUGGAAUUCGAUCUAAGGGUAAAGCAUCAGAAAGUGACAUUGGUUUCAAAGUGGAAUCUGAAAUUUCCAAGGGAAGGAUAACAUCUGAUAUGACUGAUGCUGAUACUGGAAAACCAACUCAGAUCUCUGAUGCCAAGUUAGGUGUAAAGUUGCACGAGCCUUCACUUGAAGUUGUUCUGGAUGCACCAAUACUUGAUCCCAAUCUCUCACCAAUGGAAGUUACCAUGCCAAAAUCAGAAGGAGAAAUCCAUGGCACAGAUUUAGACUGCAAGGCAGAACAGGAAGUAAUUUCAGGAGAGAAAGAUACUGAGGAGAAAGAAAACAAAUCUAAAUCAUCAAAAUUUAAACUGCCUUCAUUUCGUUGGUCUCCAAAGAAAGAAGCUAUUGUUCCAUCUCCGGUUGAGAAACAUCUGGAAGAACCGCCUUUGUCUACUUUAUCUGGAGACACAGACUCUGAAUUAACCUUUCCUACUCCUGAGAAUCAAUAUGUUCAUGUAGAACUUGAUACAUCUAUAGAAAAAGAUGGUGAAAAGAUCAGAAACAAGAAGUCCCAAUUUACCAUGCCAAAGAUCUCAUUCCCUAAAAUUAAGGGUCAGAAGGUCCAAGUCUCUGUGCCUGUACUGGAAACUGAUAUUUGUGGUCCUGAACAAGAAAAAGAAGUUGUUUCAGUACAGAAAUCUGAGAAAGAGAUUAGUGGGGAAGGGGCUGGAAUGGGCAUAAAAAUGCCAAAAGUUACGGUCCCAACUUUGGAAUUUUCCAAACCAGAAGUCAAAGCUCCCAAAAUAGACAUGGAUAUUAGCAGGCCUACAGGUGAAGUCAUACUUGGUAUGUGUGAAGAAGAUGAUCUAGAAUUGAAAUCAGCUGCUGCUAAUGCCAGCCUCUCCACCUCAGAUAUUAGGAUGACAACUGAAGGUUCACUUGAGAUGAAGAGUCCUGACACAAGUGUUGAAAGAACACCAAGUGAAAUUGCUGUGAGUGAUGUAGAAAUAAAAGCUGAAGGUCCUGAAGGGAAAACAAAAAUGUCUAAAUUCCAAAUGCCAAAGUUAGGCAUUACACUUUCUAAAGGGAAAGGGGCAGAAAAAGAGGUCAGCCAAUCCAAAUCAGAAGUCAAGGUUCCCCAGCUGAAAGCAACAGUAGAAAUAUCUGACAUUGCUGUCGAAGGACCAAACUUGGAGGUGGAAUGUGGCACAGGAACAGAGACUUACAGCCCUCAAGUCAAAAUGACCAAAACUGACAGUAAGGCAUCAGAGGCUGAUGUUCACCUCCCUUCAGCUGACAUUUCUAUUCCAAAACCAGACAGUGAUAUUCAAGAUUCAGAUGCAGCACUAAAAAUCAAAGGGGAAAUAAAGCCAGAUGGAGAUGGAGAAGAAAAAGAAGGACAUUUCAAAAUGCCAAAAUUCAAACUUCCAUCCUUCAGUUGGUCACCAAAGAAGGAAGCAAGUGUUAAACCGGAUUCUGGAGCAAAUCUGGAAGACCAAAAGCUUGAUGUAAUGUCAAGCAGAACAGAUACAGAAAUAAGAGGAACUUCAAUGGAUGAUGAAGGUAGUGGGACAGCCCUUGAUCUGGAAAUAUCUACAGGAAAAGUUGAACAAAAAAGUCCAAUUAAAAAGCCUCAAUUUGUCAUGCCUAAAAUUUCACUCUCCAAGAUCAAGGUUCCAAAGUCUCAGUCUCAUUCAUCAAAAGUUGAAGUUGAUGCUACUCUUCUUAAAAUGGAAAGAGAGGGUGAUGAUUCAAUUCAGAUACCUGAUAUAGAAAGAAGUCAUUCUGAAAGGACUGAAGAAGGGGCACAAAUAAGUAUAAAAGUGGCUGAUGUUAAGAUCCACACUUUGGAGUUUUCCAAAAUGGAAACUGAAGCCUCUCAAAAUGAAAUGGGAAUCAGCUCAGCAAAGAUUGGUGCUGCUCUGACUCCCUCAGAGGGGAGUUUUCAACAGGUUGACCUAAAGUCAAGUUCUACCGAUGAAUAUAACAUUCAAAAAACAAGUAUUAAGUUCCCCAAAGGAGAAGCUUCAGUUGAACUGAAGAGCCCUGAUAUAGUAACAGAAAGAUCAUCAGUUGUGGAUGGAAGAAAAGUGAAAUUAGAAGGUCCUGAAGGGAAGAUUAAAAUGCCCAAAUUCCAGAAACCAAAGUUUGGAAUCUCCCUAACAAAAGGGAAAUGCUCAGAGGCAGAGAUCAGCUCUCCAGAAAUAGAAGCUGAGCAACCCCAGCUAAAAAUUGCUGACAUUGCUGUGGGAGUUCCAGCAUCAGAACUUAUAUCUGAUAUGUCAGAUCCUGGAGUAGUUGUUUGUAAGAUAAAAACACCCCAAGAUCUGACUGGUGGCACUGAAACUCCAAAAGUAGACAUUAGCCCCCAGUCAGUGUCUAAACCAAGGACAGAGGGAGCUAUUGAGAGUCUUGAGGACAAAGAAAUCAAAUUAAAAGAAGAACAUGAAAUAAAAGCUGAAGAAGUUCGGACUGAAGAACAUCAGGGAUGGUUUAAAAUGCCAAAAUUCAGAAUACCUGCAUUUGGCAGGACAUCCUUAAAGGAAAAAAAAUGUGAUGCUGAUAUUGAAAGAAGUGCGGAAAAAGCUCAGGCGAGCAUUCCCUCUGCAAAAGUACAAACUGAAACAAGUAUUCCUGAAACUACCUUCUCAUUACCACAUGCAGUUGCUGAAAUUACUAUUGGAAAAGAAGGGAUUAAAAAAUUUGAAGAUUCUGUGAGGAGUUCUGAUGUUAGCUUGUCGAAGAUGGAAGGAGAUAUUUCAUUGUCCACAGAAAGAACAGAUAGUAGAGUGAAUAUUCCAAAAACUGAAACUUACGCAGACAUAGUUAAGCAUGGUGCUGAAGGACAAAAAAUGCAUACUUCAGAAUUCACAGUGUCUGCAGCAGAAUUGCCUAAAUCAUACCUAAGUGCUUCAGAAAGCGACAAAGACAACAGUUUAACAAAUAGGUUUUCUACAGGUACUCUGACUUUUCAAGAGCAUAAAGUCAAAACACAGGAUAUGGAAAUCCCAAAGGUAGAAAGUUCCACUAAGUUAGAGACUUCAGGAGUAGGAUGCAAACCAUCAUCAGCUGAAAUUACUCUGGAUGCAACACAGGAGAAAAUAGAUGUUGGACUUCCAAAGGAAGAGCUUGAUAUUCAAAAUAAAGAGGCAGCAAUUAAAAAAGGAAAGAUAAAGGGUGAGGUGAAAAUUAUAGGAAAAGACAGUGAAGAAAGUCAGUUAAAAAGGACUAUGUGUGAAUGGUCUACAACAAAGGAAUCAGAAGAUGGUACUUAUGUUACUGCUAAGCUGGAAGAUCUAAAGGUAGAAGUUCCAGGAGUGAAGACGAAUGUUAAAAUUACUAGAGUAGAUCCUGAAAUUAAAUUUCAAGUGAAAAGUGUUGAAAAGGAUGUGUCUGCAGGAGUGGAAGUGCAAGUAGAAGACAGAGCAGAAACAAGUAAAACUAAAGCAUACAAGUUUAAGAUUCCGAAGUUUGGAAUGUUUCAUUCGGAAAUCAAGGGUUUUGAAGGUGAUAUCAAUGUGACGAAGUCAGAAGCUGAUUCAAGAUCUAAAAGUGAAAUAGGCACAGCAGAAAUGCAGUUACAGAAACCAGAAGGAUCUAUUGGCCUGAAAAGUCCAGCUCUAGAUUAUAUGGAAGCAUCUGCCAGAAUAACAGGGGAAACGGACCAAUCAGAAAGUGGCCCAGAAGUAAUUGUAAGAAUUCCCAAAUUAAAAAUACCAAGAUUCACUUUUAAAACUCUCCCAAUUGAAGCUGAUGUUUUAGUGUCAAAAGUGGUAACAGAUCCAAAGGGAUCUAGUACUGAUAUUGAAGUAGUGCAACUGGAAGCAAGCUCUGUUAUCUCUGGUGAAACACCAGGGGCUCUAGAGGGGAGUAUUCAAAAAGCAAAAAGCAAAAUUCUGAUGCUAACUGAACCUGACAUUAAAACAGCACAAAUGACAACUACCAUAGAGUCCUCCCUCUCAAAUGCAGGGCAAGACAUUCAUUGGUCUUAUGUAGAAGGCCAAGAAGUGAGUGAGAAAGUAGAACCUGAACACGUUGCUAUUGAAAGGUGUGAGAUUUACACUACUGAAAUACUGAAAGAAUCAGAGAUUCUGUCAUCAAAAGUCAAAACUGCUACAUUGGGAUUCUCAUUGCUCAAGGCAAAGUUGCCUGAAUCACACAGUGACUUAGAAGUGCUAGUCCAGCAGCCAUCUCCGACGGAAGGUGGAUCAGUGAAAAAACCUACAUGUGCUGGGGAAAGCUUUGGAGUAGCAGCACAGAGAACUGGCAGUGCUGAGCUUAAACUAUCUGACAAACCACAUCAUGAGUCUGAAAAAUUUAGUGGAGAAAUAAGUUUGCCAAAGUUAAAAACGUAUGCUGCUGAAGCAAAGCCUUCCAGUAAACUUGAAGAGAGUCUUUCUGAUAAAUCACCAGAGAGAAUAACUUCAGGUCGUCUCUCUAAAGAUGAGGAUGUAGCUGAAGCCAUGGAAGGUGAAGAAAAAGACAAAACCAAUGAGAAAGAAAAGACUGAUAGCAAAAGAUCUCCUGGAAGAUUCAAGUUUUGGCUUCCAGGUAUUGGCUUUUCAUCUUCUGGUGAUGAAACAAGCACAGAUGUAAAAACAGAAGGAAAAAAAUCAGAUCCAGAAGAUAUGAAAUCUGCUGACACAUCAGAUGAUUUCUCUAAGCAAACUGAAAAAACUGGAUGGUUUAGAUUUCCCAAGCUUGGUUUCACAUCUCCUUCCAAAAAGGCUAAGUCUGUUGAAAAAGAAGAGAUUGGUCAUAAAGAGGGAAGAAUCUCAGAUGAAGAUAGCCCAUCAGAUAAGCCUGAUGUAUUUUUUGAUGCACAAGAAAGCUUAUCACCUAAAGAAACAACAAGGGAUGAAAAAGUAGAAAUUGAUGGGACCUCAUCUAUUGUGACAUCUUUGGCAAGAACUGAACUAAUCUUGUUGGAGGAAGAAAAAGAUAGUAAAUCUAAUAUUGAUGGAGAUACAACCAAAUGAAGGUUGUAUUUUCUCAGUCCUCAAUGAAAACAAAAUCAUCUACAUGCACAGAAAAAAAUGGGUUUUUAUUUUUCUGGUAACUGAAAAUGAAAACCCAAAGCCGGUGUUAAUGAAAAUAGUUGAACAGAAUUCACCACAUGUAAAUUUUCAAGUACGUGGAUGUACUAUAUUGUGCACUAAUAAAAAUAAUAAUUUCUUCAAAUCUGCCCCAAAGGCAACAAUUAUGACAAGUACAGAGGAGCCCAUAGUUUGAACAAAGUCUGAAAAAAUAUACCUGAAUCAUGAAAGUAAACCAUUGAAAGGCUCAAUGAUAGCAAAAGGCUUUUUAAAUAGGCUUCUCAAAACACACAAUGUAAUUACGUUUAGAUAACAGUUUAUUUCCAGAAUGGGUUAUAAACUAGUACUAUAAGAACUAUAUUUACCUGUUUAGAUUUUGGACCUUUCUGACCUACUUUUGCUUUCUUAUUAAAAUGUCUUUUUUUUAUUUCAGCUAAAGUAGUAUGUAUAUUCCACAAACAUUUUAAAAUAUAAAAUAAAAAUUAAAUACUAGUGUAGAGAGACUAAUGCUUUACCUCUUCCUCUCUUCUGAUUUUUUUAUUAUUGUGAUGGGUCAUAUUUAGCCUUAAAAGAUUUUAAAAAUACCAAAACAAAACCCAACAGAAUAAUUUCAAGACCAAAAACUUGUAACUUAUUCACAUUUUUAAGAUACCAGAAUAAAACAUGCUUACAAAGAAUAAGUAUAUGAAUGUGGAUAAAUAAAUUUUAAUGUAUAUAUUUAUGGGAUAGUUAAAUGCUUAGAAUGAUCUGCCACAGUGGUGGAAUUGCUUCAAAGAUUUUCUGGGAAAGGAGGUGUAUAUAAUUAUUUGCUUCUUUGUUUAUAUCAAUGCUUCUCUCAAGGGCACAAUGGAAACCAGAGUGCAUAUGUGACAGCCUUCACAUGUACCAUUAAAACACUGUCUGUAUUAUUAAGUCAUAAUAAACUCACCAU